CUGAAACGCAAGUCCACAGAAUUCUAAACAUUCCCCCUUACCUAAACCCUAUAUAUACUUCACUCUCAUCUUCCACCGCACAAAAUCAACCCUCUUCUUUCUAUUCUAUGGGGAACGCCACUUCUUCUUCUUGUAUCUCUAACGGUGUAAGUAUUGGGAAAAUUUUGAAGAAGAGAACAAAACCUACCAAAACAGCUAUUCUGUUGGAGAGUGGUGGGAACACGCGCGAGAUCAAGCUACCGGUGAAAUCGGGGGAGCUGAUGAUAGAAGAAUUCGGCCACGUCGUCACUCCGUUGGACGAACUCCGUAGAACGGGACGGGUUUCUGCUUUGUUGCCCGAAGAGGACCUUGUACCGGGGAAGGUUUACCUGCUGUUGCCGGUUAGUAGGGUCCAUUCCAAGGCUUCAAAAUUUGAGAUGGCCAUUGCAGAGGCACAGAGUAAGAGGACAAGGGGAAUCAACAUGGCCAAGGUUUCACCCUCACUCGUUUCGAGUUCAAGUGAAAGAGAUGCGGAAAACGAGGUUACCGUUUUCCCUGUGUGUCCGAGGUUGGGGAAUCAAUUACGAUGGAAUCCCGUUUUGGAUACCAUCUUCGAAUAAUUCGCCCUCUGAUCUCAACCGAUUUGCCCAACAAUUUUCUUAAAAUUUUGUCUUUCACACACAUUUGUGUUCGGUGUAUUGUUUUUCCAAUUUUUUUUGUUAAACUUUACACUGACCUGGGUAGUUUGUACCACUGGAUCAACGCCGAAGGAUGUUCAAGUCCACACUUAAAACGUGGAGCAAUGCUGAUGAUACAUUUUGUUUAAAUUAAUUAAAAUUUGUAACUAUGGGAUUUCAUCUACAAAUAGUGUUACCAAAACUGCUCUUGCAAAAAGAAAAUUCUCCAGUUAGUUAUAUACUGGAGCGGAAUACUAGUAUUGGGUUAGAGUGUAGAAAUCCAGUCCGGAAAUCACUUUAGCGGCCCAGAGUUUUAAAGGCUAACAGCCCAUAUAAAUCUAAGCCCUGUUCCAACCAUGAAAGGUUGAAGGUUUUUUCUUCGUUUUAGUUUUU